GCUCAUUCCAGGAGCCCCAGCCACUGGGAGAGGCAGUGUCAAAGAAACCAUGAGCAAGAUCAGCGACGUGGUGAAGCGAGCCCGGGGGGCCUUCAACUCGGGCCGGACGCGCCCGCUGCAGUUCCGGAUCCAGCAGCUGGAGGCGCUGCGGCGCAUGAUCAAGGAGCGCCAGGCGGACAUCGUGGGCGCGCUGGCCUCAGACCUGCACAAGAAUGAAUGGACUGCCCACUGGGAGGAGAUGGUGCACGUCACGGAGGAGAUUGAGAAUAUGAUCAAGAGGCUUCCUGAGUGGGCUGCUGACGAGCCUGUGGAGAAGACUCCCCAGACUCAGCAGGAUGAGUCCUACAUCCAUUCAGAGCCCCUGGGUGUGGUCCUUGUCAUCGGAGCCUGGAACUACCCCUUUAAUCUCACCAUCCAACCCAUGGUGGGCGCCAUUGCUGCAGGGAAUGCAGUGAUCCUGAAACCCUCGGAAGUGAGUGAGAACACGGCAAACCUGCUGGCCACCAUCAUCCCCCAGUACCUGGACAAGGAUCUUUAUCCAGUGAUCAACGGGGGUAUCCCUGAGACCACAGAGUUGCUCGUGGAGAGAUUCGACCACAUCUUGUACACAGGCAGCACGGCUGUGGGGAAGAUUGUUAUGACGGCUGCUGCCAAGCACCUGACACCAGUCACACUGGAGCUGGGAGGAAAGAGUCCCUGCUAUGUGGACAAGGACUGUGAUCUGGACGUGGCCUGUCGACGGAUCGCCUGGGGGAAAUUCAUGAACAGUGGCCAGACCUGUGUGGGCCCUGACUACAUCCUCUGUGACCCCUCUAUCCAGAACCAAAUGGUGGAGAAGCUCAAGAAGUCGCUGAAAUUCUACGGGGAAAAUGCCAAGCAGUCCCGUGACUAUGGAAGAAUUGUAAAUGACCAGCACUUCCGGAGGGUGAUGGGCCUUAUUGAGGGUCAGAAAGUGGCCCAUGGAGGUACCUGCGAUGCAGCUUCCCGCUACAUAGCCCCUACCAUCCUCACGGACGUGGACCCUGAGUCUCCGGUGAUGCAGGAGGAGAUCUUUGGGCCAGUGAUGCCCAUUGUGUGUGUGCACAGCCUGGAGGAAGCCAUCCAGUUCAUCAACCAGCGUGAGAAGCCCCUGGCUCUCUAUGUGUUCUCCAGCAAUGACAAGGUGAUUAAGAAGAUGAUUGCAGAGACAUCCAGUGGUGGAGUGACAGCCAACGACGUCAUCGUCCACAUCACUGUGCACUCUCUGCCCUUUGGGGGUGUGGGGCACAGCGGCAUGGGGGCCUACCAUGGCAAGAAGAGCUUUGAUACCUUCUCGCACCGCCGCUCCUGCCUGGUGAGGUCUCUGCAGAAUGAUGAAGUCUACAAGGCCAGAUACCCCCCGAGCCCAGCCAAAAUGUCCCGGCACUGA